GUUCCAAACACCGGAAGUGUUGCGUCGGAAGUACCACGUUCAAACUUAGCGUGCAUUCCGGACAACAGCAGCAACAGGAGGAGCUGUCUAUGGCUGUCGGAGGGUCCAGCUGACAUGUCAGUGCCCUGGUUUUUAACAGCGUGACCCGGGAGACCCAUGGCUCUACGUUUCCAAAACCUGUUCUCAUCAGAAAAUGAUGACUUUGAUGAUGAGGUAAGAAGAAACAAUACUCGGGUAGAGUCCAGUGGUAUCACUGUGUAUGAAUGGACGUGGGGACUUUCUGUCGGCAUUGGACAAUACAGAGGAGAAUGUCUUAUACACUGUGCCUUCAGGACUUCGAUCUCUCAGGCCCAUCUCCCAUGCGCCUGCCAAGUGCACAGAUGAACCAAAAAGCCAGGUUCCUCCUCCUCCACCCUGGCAUCAAAAAGAGGUGGAGAAGCAUGACCAAACACAGAGGACAUUUGAUCUUGCCCAGGACAUGGAUGAUGAAGAGCUGUUAUCUGUAUGCAGCAUGCUAGAGGUCCCACAAGAAGCUGGGCAGUCUAUGAGUGUUGGCUCUGCUGGAAACAGCUCGUCCUCACUCAGACUGUGCCCAACUGGAAAAGCAAGUGUUGGGUUCCAGGCACAUGAUCCCAGAUCCAGUUAUAAGGGUGCUGCAGUGUGCCAGCCAGGCACUUAUCAGAUGAACAGUGUUGGUGCCAACUCUCCAUCUCCCCUGCAGAUACCUUCAAAAGGAACCGAGCACUUUCAGAGUCCAGGCCCCACUGCUAAGAGACCUUGUAGAAGAGACAUGAUAGACCCGCAGUCUGUGACUCCUCACAGGGUAGAGACUCAAAGCCACUGCACCCCUUCUGUUCAGCUGCGGCCGGUGGUGCAGGGUUUGUCUAGCACUUCACAACCAUGGAGAGGUGGCACUUUGCACCGAAAUAGCCCAGUUUCCAGUGCCCAGAAUGUCCACACAACUCCUAAAGCUCCUCUCAUAUCCCCACGUCCACUCAUUCCCAAUUCCUUGCAGACCCCUGUGGUAACAAACCAUUUAGUGCAGCUGGUGACUGCAGCCAAUCAGACGCCAAGGAGACUUUCGUGGGAGACGCCACCACCAAAAGAGAGAAGGUUCCCCGGGCCAGCUGGCUUAUUGCCGCAGCAGGGUAGUACCAGGGGGCUGGAUGAAAUCCUUGUAUCUACUCCUCACACUCCAGCUCACGGGGCAAGAGCCAAGCUUGGCACUAAGCAGACAAGCAUGGCUUCUCCACAACCAAUUGAAGAGGAGUUUGGCAGAGGUCCGUGGGCAGCCUUGAAAGCUGAGUUGGCAUUGGAUGAGAAUGAUCCCUCCUGCUUCCUAAGGACAUACAGUGUAGUGAUGGUGCUGCGUAAGGCAGCUCUGAAGCAGCUCCCAAAAAACAAGGUCCCACGAAUGGCUGUGGCUCUCAAAUCUCUUACUCCAGCCAAUGGCGAUGCUAGCGCAGUAUUCAGAGACCACACAGGGGAUAUACAGGGCACUGUCCACCACCUAUUACUGGAGGAGAAAGAAAGUGACCUGAAGGUUGGCAGCGUCCUUUUAUUACAGCAGGUCGGGGUCUUCUCCCCAUCGCAUCGUAACCAUUAUCUCAACGUGACCCCUAACAAUCUGGUGAGAAUCUACCCCCCGGAGGCGGAAGGCCCUCAUACAAGGCUGGAAACUCCACCGGUGGCCAGUGAGCAGACUGAUUUGAACAGUAAUCGAGUUCGGAGCCCAGCUCGUCCAUCGGCCGCUAUAAGAACAGCUGGAGCCGCACAGCCAUCAUCGCUUGGAGAGUGGGAUAUGGAUGACCUGGAUUCUCUCCUCUGUGACCUGUCCGAGGAUACUGGGGACUGAACCCACUCUUACAUGAUCUGCCCUUUAGUGUGAUCGGUCUAUAAGUAGGACGGAGGACUCCAUAAAUUAAUUUUGCUUUCCUGA